GGGGUCCCCGGUGCUGACGGUGGCCCGCAGGUGACCCCCGGUACCGAUCCGGUGCGCAGCCCCGCGCUGCAUGGACUGGUACAUGAUGAACUGCGAGCUCCUGGCCACCUGCAGCGCCCUGGGCUACCUGGAGGGCGACGUGUACCACCGGGAGCCCGACUGCCUCGAGAGCGUCAAGGACCUGAUCCGGUACCUGCGCCAUGAGGAUGAGACCCGGGACGUGCGGCAGCAGCUGGGGGCGGCCCAGAUCCUGCAGAACGAUCUCCUGCCCAUCCUGGUGCAGUACCCACAGGAGAAAGUGCUCUUUGAUGCUGUCAUCAGGUUGAUGGUGAACCUGACCCAGCCGGCCCUGCUGUGCUUUGGGAAGGUGCCAGCUGAUGCCACCUCCCGCCACCACUUUCUGCAGGUGCUGUCCUACCUGCAGGCCUACAAGGAGGUGAGUUUGCACUCUCGGUUUGGUGGCUCCUACGUCCUGCAGGGCGUCAAGUCCAUCGGGGACAGGGAUGUGGUGUUCCACAAGGGGCUGCACAAUCUCAAGAGCUACAGCCACGACCUGGAUGAGACCUAUUACCUGUGGGCCACCUCCUUCUUCAUGGCCUUCAACCGGCUCCAGGGCUUCCGGCCCGAGCUGGUGUCCGAGACCGUGGGCGUCCGAGCCUUCCACUUCAUCGAGCAGAACCUCACCACCUACUAUGAGAUGGCACUGAUGGACAAGAAGGAGGCAACAACCUGGGCCCGUAGGAUGCACCUGGCCCUGAAGGCGUACCAGGAGCUGCUGAGGACACUGCAGGAGAUGGAUCGCUGCCCGGAGCAGGCGGUGAGGGACAGCAGCCAGGUCAUCAAGAGCAACAUCUUCUACCUGAUGGAAUACCGGGAGCUCUUCCUCACGCUCUUCCGCAAGUUUGACGAGACCAAGCAGCCCCGGAGCUUCCUGAAGGACCUGGUGGAGACAGCUCACCUGUUCCUGCGCAUGCUGGAGCGCUUCUGCCGCGGCCGGGCCAACCUCGUGGUGCAGAGCAAGCGUGUGAGGAGGAAGAAGAAGAAGAAGCCUCAAGGGCCGGCGGUCCCUGCCCCACCCAGCACCGAGGAGCUGGAGCAGCUCUGGGAAGGAUUGGCCCCACAGGUCCAGGCCUGCCUGGAGCUGCCAUCGUGGGUGAGAUGAGCCAGGGCUACAGCUCCCUGCAGGAGGGAGAGGGGACCACCCGGAGCCGGGUGCCCCCCUGGACCCCUCAGGAGGAGCAGGAGCUGCGGGAGCUCUACUGGAAAUACAAGGAGAUGGAAGGUGGGGACAUCAUCGCUGCCAUCCUGGCCCAGCUCCCCUCGCCUGGACGGACGCGCAGGCAGGUGGUGAAGCAGCUGGUGAGGAUGGGGCUGGCCAGCAGUGCCAAGGACUUCCCAAGGGAGAGGAAAGGCACCCGCAUCGUGCUGUGGACGCAGGAGCAGGAGGAGGAGCUGACGCGGCUCUUCGAGGAGUUCCAGGGCUCGGAUGACGUCCUGGGGAACAUCAUGAAGCACCUGACG